UCGCGCAUAGUUGCACACAUUGGUGAUGUCAUUACGCGAUGUUUCCAAUGCUAUGGCGUACCAGGAAGGGGAGACGCUAGAAUCCUGGCUCAAUAAAGCCACCCAUCCAACAAACAGACAGGAGGAUUGGGAGUACAUCAUCGGUUUCUGUGACCAGAUCAAUAAGGAAUUGGAAGGUCCCCAGAUAUCUGUCAGGUUGUUGGUUCACAAAAUCCAAUCGCCGCAAGAAUGGGAGGCGCUUCAGGCUUUAACAGUAUUAGAAGCAUGUAUGAAGAACUGCGGGAGAAGGUUUCAUAAUGAAAUCGGGAAAUAUCGGUUUCUGAACGAGCUGAUCAAAGUUGUUUCUCCUAAGUACAUGGGAGACAGAGUACCAGAGAAGGUAAAGACAAAGAUUAUUGAGAUGCUGUACAGCUGGACAGUGGCUUUCCCCAACGAGGCCAAAAUCAACGAAGCAUACCAGACACUAAGGAGACAGGGCCUUGUAACUAUGGACCCUGAGCUCCCAGUGGACAAGACUCUGAUUCCUUCACCCCCCACACGUCCCAAGAACCCUGUGUUUGACAAUGAGGACAUGGGCAAGCUACUAGCAGAGCUUCUGAGGAGCAAAAACCCAGAGGACCUGCAGGAAGCCAACAGGCUCAUCAAGAACAUGGUGAAGGAGGACGAUGUCAGGGUUCAGAAAGUGACCAAACGCAUCCACACCCUGGAAGAGGUGGGCAUCAACGUCAAGCUGCUGAGUGAGAUGCUGUCCCACUACGACAAGGACAGGUCCUCCCAGUCAGACAGAGAGAUCAUCAAGGAACUAUACGACCGCUGUGACAAGUUGAGACGCGCUGCUUUCAAAAUGGCCACAGAGACUGAAGAUAACGACACAAGUUUAGGUGACAUCCUGCAGGCCAGCGAUGACCUCUCACGGGUCAUCAACUCCUACAAGAAGAUUGUCAAGGGACAGACCGUGAAUGGAGACAUCGAGGAUCCUAGAUCUGCAGCUGGUGAAGAGACCACAGGGAACAGUGACAACACAGAGACCUUGAUUGACCUGGCUGGUAUUGACGUUCCAAACUCCACCUCUCCUCCGCCUGCCCCUCUCCCAUUGGUCUCCGAUCCCACUUCAGCCAAUCACCUGGGGUUCCCAAUCCCUGUCUUGCCUCCUCCUCCAAAAAGGUUGGCCGGGUUGCAUGCCAGUCAGAACAGCAGCCCCAGCCACCCAGCCACCGACAAGGCCCUCAACGCUCUCUCUCUCCUUGACGAUGAGCUGCUAUCCUUAGGCCUGAACGAUCCAGUUCCUUCUCUGAACAGCCAAUCAAAACCAACGCUGAAUGAAAUAGCAAAUCCGUGGACCUCCUUACAGGCUCCUGACCCUGGCCUGGACUUGUUUGGCACUAUAGCAGGGCCAGGCCCAGUAUUUCCCCCAGUCCAGCCAGCGCCAGCCCCCGCCACGGCCCCUGCCACCCACAGCCUCCAGGACCUCCAAGACCUGGCCAUGCUGGACUUUGGAGAGCCAAAGAGUUUGCGUGUUGGCGGCGGAUUCGGGAUGGCAGCCUCUAUGGGGGCCGUAGUACCACCCUCCUUGGGGGCCAUGGUACCCCAGGUCCCCCUCUCCUCGACCUCCCUCCUCCCUGGCCCCAUGCCUGGCUCCCCUGCGUUGUCCCACACCAAAGCCCAGACGCUGAGCUCUGCCCCAGGCAGCCCCCUGUUCAGCUCCCUCUCCCCCUUCCACCACUCCUCCUUCCAGGGGGGCAGCCCAGCCAGGGGGCUAGGACCGGAGGCCUCCCUGGGCAACGUGCACGUCCCCCUGGAGGCCAUCAGACCCAGUAAAGGGCUCCCUGUAACGGCCUAUGAUAAGGAUGGGGUGCGUGUGCUGUUGAACUUUGCCUCAGACUGUCCCCCUUGCAGACCAGACGUGCUGGUGUUAGUGGUGUCCAUGCUGAACACUGCACCACUGCCCGUUCAGAACGUGGUCCUUCAGGCCGCCGUGCCCAAGUCCAUGAAGGUGAAGCUGCAGCCUCCGUCAGGAACAGAGCUGCCUCCCUUUAACCCCACCCUUCCCCCGGCCUCCAUCACACAGGUCAUGCUGCUGGCCAAUCCCCUGAAGGAGAAGGUGCGUCUGCGCUACAAGCUGGCGUUCACUCUCGGAAACAGGCAGUGCUCAGAGGUGGGCGAGGUGGACCAGUUCCCCCCGCCAGACAGAUGGGGUCACCUAUAGCCACCCCCAUACACCACAGAGCCGAGCCAGGACGGGCCAAACCAACACUCCAUGAUGGGGGUGUUAACCACACAUACCCCAGAGAGAGAGAGAUGAGGAUAGGGUGGGAGAACUGUGCUGCAAUGUUACAGUGCCAACAUAGGGCUACCUACCAGCCAACCAUUCUGUUUCUUUCAGAUUGUUUUGAUAUUUACCGUCUUUGUAUUUGCCCAGUUGCUAUUGAGACAAUUGUAACUUUGUAAGCAUAAUAUAGCAUACAUGGCAUACACUGAAGUUCAAGACAGUUUUACAAUAGCUUCCAGAGCUUGUAUUGAAUAUUAUUGCAGGGACAGCAUCUCAACUGAAGGGAUACAAGUGCUUUUUCCAUGUUUCAGAAAUUGAUACAAAGAUGUGAAGAAGUGUCACUCUUUAUUUGUUAUUAAGUGUGUUUAUUAACUGAGAACAUCUACAAGGUAUUUUAGCAGGCCAGCCAGUCGUCCCUUAUAUACAGCACUGCAGGACAUUUCCUAACAAACGUAGUCCCGCCCACAAGACUUGCUGGCAAAGGAAAUAUAACUAACACUACAUCCAUUAUUAUGACGAGAUACAUACAUACAGUGUAUAUACUGUGUGUGUGUGUGUGUGUACAUAUAUAUACACAGUAUAUAUGUCAAUGUUUAUACCACAGCAUUGUUGAAUGCUUGUUUCUAAUGGGGUAGAAGGGCAUUCUAGAAAGGACAUUAUUAUUCAGAGCUUAUAACUAGGGAAAAAUGAUUGAUUAAUCCUAUAACUGGAAUAUAAUUUGGUGAAAUCCGGUAAUCUUAUCCGGAGGACUUG